UAGUCCAUGAAUUGAAGAUGAAACUGUCGAUGGAAAGCCUUAAAAUUCGUUUAUUUUUUUCCUCUUUAUUUUCCAUCUUAAUAGUCUCCAAUACAGUAGACACCAUAACCAAAACUUACUCCAUUACAGGCAGCAACACCAUAGUGUCUUCUGGUGGAAGCUUUGAGAUGGGUUUUUUCAGCCCAGGCAGUUCCCGGAAUCAAUACUUAGGAAUAUGGUACAAGAAUAUUCCUGUUAGGACCGUUGUAUGGGUUGCCAAUAGAAAAAUCCCACUUCUCGAUUCGUCAGGCGUCGUAACUAUAAUCAACCCUGGAAGUCUUGCCCUUGUCCAUGGUACUGGCAGCGUCAUUUGGUCUCCCAAUAUGACAGGAUCUACACGGGACCCUGUUGCACAACUGAUGGAGUCUGGAAAUCUUGUUGUGCGAGAUGCCAACGAUCAGUCUGGGCAUUUUCUGUGGCAAAGUUUCGAUUAUCCAUGUGAUACUCUUUUACCGGGCAUGAAGCUUGGAAAGAACUUUGAAACGGGCCUAGAGCGCCACCUCUCCUCCUGGAAGAGCAGCGAUGAUCCAGCUCCAGGUGAGUUUACAUACCGGUGUGAUCCUCAAGGAUACCCACAAAAUAUUCUGAGUAGGGGUUCUGUUGAACUGUUCCGAACUGGGCCAUGGAAUGGUAUUGGAUUCACCGGGAGACCAAACCUUAAACCUAAUACAAUCUACAAAUAUGAAGUGGUUUACACAAAGGAGGAGUUGUAUUAUCGUUAUGAACUCCUCAGCUCAGUCGUUUCAAGGUAUGCUCUAAGUCAUAAUGGUGUUGCCGAGCGCUGGACAUGGAUUGAUCGAACACAGGAAUGGGUCCGUUACUUGAGUGCACCAGCCGAUAACUGUGAUAACUAUAAACAGUGUGGUCCAAACGGUAACUGUAACGUUGGAAACUCACCGACCUGCGGUUGUUUGAGUAAAUUUGUGCCCCAGAACCAAACGGAAUGGGGAAAUGGAGAUUGGUCUAAUGGGUGUGUUCGGAGGACACCGUUGGAUUGCCAUAAUGGAGAUGGAUUUAUCAAGUAUUCGGGGUAUAAAGUGCCGGACACACGGAACUCCUGGUUUGAUAGGAACAUGACACUCGGGGAAUGCGAGAUGGUAUGCUUGAAAAACUGCUCUUGUAUGGCUUAUGCAAAUUUAGACAUAAGAAGAGGUGGAAGUGGCUGCUUGCUUUGGUUUGAUGAGUUGAUUGAUAUGAAAGAGUUAAAUGUAAAUGUGCAAGACAUUUACAUAAGGAUGGCUUCCUCUGACUUAGAGGAUUCAACAGUCCAUAGUAAGAAAAGAGAGAUAGUGGUAGUGACCUUGGCAUUGCUAAUUGGACUUUUUUUGCUGGGUAUAAGCCUGAUCAUGUAUCUCCGAAAAAGGAAAAGGAAGAAUUCACAGCUGAACAGAGAAGGAAUUUUGAUGCACAAGUAUGGUUACACUGACAAAACCCAAAAGGAAGAUCUAGAGUUACCAUUGUUUGACUUAACUGUAAUAGCGGAUUCCACAAAUAAUUUUUCAAUCAACAAUAAGCUUGGAGAGGGUGGAUUCGGACCUGUUUACAAGGGUACACUAGAAGGAGGGCAAGAAAUAGCUGUGAAACGACUCUCAAAGAAUUCUAGCCAAGGACUUGAUGAGUUCAAGAAUGAAGUUAUCUGUAUUGCCAAACUUCAACACCGAAAUCUCGUAAAGCUUCUAGGAUGCUGCAUUCAAGGAGAAGAAACGAUGUUAAUCUAUGAAUACAUGCCCAACAAAAGCCUGGACUAUUUUAUAUUUGAUCAAAGCCAAAGCACAUUACUGGAUUGGUUGCAACGCUUUCACAUUAUCAAUGGAAUUGCACGAGGGCUUCUUUAUCUUCAUCAAGAUUCUAGGCUGAGAAUUAUUCACAGAGAUCUCAAAGCUAGCAAUAUUUUACUAGAUAUUGACAUGAACCCAAAACUAUCAGAUUUUGGAAUAGCUAGAAGUUUUGGAGGAAAUGAGACAGAAGCAAAUACAAAUAGAGUGAUUGGAACAUAUGGGUACAUGUCUCCAGAGUAUGCAAUAGAUGGGUUAUUUUCAGUAAAAUCGGAUGUAUUCAGCUUUGGUGUUUUGGUGUUAGAGAUUGUGAGUGGGAAGAAAAACAGAGGUUUCUAUCAUCCAAGGCACCGCCUCAACCUACUUGGUCAUGCAUGGAGACUCUAUGAAGAAGGCAAGUCAUUAGAAUUGAUUGAUGAGGCUCUAUGGGACUCAUGCUACCAAAUUGAAAUGUUGCGAUCAAUCCAUGUGGGUCUUUUAUGUGUACAAGAAAGUCCAGAGGAUAGGCCAAGCAUGUCAUCUGUAGUUCUGAUGUUGGGCAGUGAUGCUGCAUUGCCUCAAGCCAAACAGCCUGGCUUCUUCACUGCAAGAAAUGUUCCUCAGACUAGUUCUUGGUCAAGCAAGGAAACAACAACUAGGGGCAAUGAAAUCACCAGUACUACGUUAAGUGGCCGAUAGAAAUUAUACCAUGUACAAGGUGAAAGCUUAAUCAUUGUUUUUGGUUACAAGUUUACAUGCACAAUUCACCCACAAAAAAAGUUCACAUGCACGAAAUUAAAUCAAAAAGUAUCAAGAACAUGUACUCUUUUUUUGUAUGCAAAUUUGGUUUUCAUGUUUGCAUAUCAUUACUCUUUGUUUUAUGUAACUAAUUCUAGUUUGCCUACUUGUACAUGUGAAAGGGAACUUUAU